AUGAUAAACGUAUUCAAUAUGAACAAGUUAUAUGUAGUUGUGUUAUUUUUUGCAAUUCUGCAAUGUGUAUUAUGUGAACCUUUAGUAAAAGUGACCCAAGGAAUGCUGAGAGGCAAAGAGUACGUCACCGAUGAUGGUCAAUGUUACCAUGCUUACAAAGGGAUACCGUAUGCAAAAGCACCGUUAGGACAUUUGAGGUUCAAGGCACCUCAAGAACCAGAAUCGUGGUUUGGUGUACGUAAAGCCUUUACCGAGGGCAAUAUUUGCAAGCAAUAUGACCUAUCUACCGGCGAAAAAAAAAUUGCAGGCGAUGAAGACUGUCUAUAUUUAAACGUAUACACGCCUAAAACUUACAAGAAAACUCAGGCUGACUUACCAGUGAUGGUUUGGCUUCAUGGAGGAGGAUUUUUAAGCGGAUCUGGAAAUUCAGACACUUUCGGCCCUGACUGGUUAGUUGCUCGUAAUAUGGUUGUGGUGACCCUAAAUUAUCGACUGGGGCCUUUUGGAUUCCUCAACUUGGGAAUUGCAGAUGCUCCUGGAAAUAUGGGAUUGAAAGACCAAGUUGCAGCUCUCCAAUGGGUCCAAGACAAUAUAGAUGGUUUUGGAGGUGAUCCUAAAAAUGUAACUCUAGCUGGAUCUAGUGCAGGAGCAGCAAGUGUAAAUUACUUAGUUUUGUCAGAAAAUACCAAAGAUUUAUUCCAAAAGGCUGCUAUAUUAGGAGGAAGCGCUCUCAAUCCGUGGGCAGUUGACCAUAAUCCCAAAGAGAAUGCCUAUAAACUUUCUGAAGCUUUGGGCCACAUUGCCUCUUCUGCAAACGAUGCUUUGGACUUCCUAAAAUCAGCUUCUGCUGAUGACAUCAUUCAAUCAGUAGGAAGUCCACCUUGGUCAACUAUUGUUGCUGAUGAAAAUCAUUUGAUUGGCAACAUUACAUUUGUUCCGAGUAUCGAAAAAGAAUUGGCAGGUGAAAAAUCAAUAAUUACAUCACCAGUUAAGGAUAUUAUAAAAUCAGGAAACUUCCAACACGUCCCAAUGUUAUUUGGAUUUGCUGAUGGCGAAGGAAUUUUAGCAUACAAAGACGCCAAAUUAGAUCCAGUAACUUAUGGACUCAAAGACGUAGAUUUCGGUUGGUAUGUGCCAAAAGAACUUUGCUUGACAGAAAAUACCGAGAAAUUUCAUGAUGUGGCUGAAAUGAUAAAGAAAUUUUAUUGCGGAGAAGAUGUUUGCACUGAUUUCGACAUAAACACAUUCAUGAAAAUUAAAGGUGACACGUGGAUUAUCAGGGGAAUUGAUAAUAUGGUGAAUCUUUUGGCACAACAUUCAUCGCAACCAAUUUACUAUUAUGAGUUUGCAUUUGAUGAAUUUGGAUUAUUGAGAGACUUUUAUGGAGAUACAAAUAUAAAAGGAGCAUGCCAUGCAGAUGAUCGCAGCUUUUUCUUCAAGAAUAAAAAUGUUGCUCUUCCCAAAGAUGUUAACGAAAAUGUGAACAAAACUCACCAAAGAUUUAUGGAAAUAAUAUCUAAUUUCGUGAACACAGGGAAUCCCACAUAUCAUAAAACAGAAGUAUUACCUAUUGAUUGGCAACCUGUCACCAAAGACACCACGAAUUAUUUAUCUAUAGGAAAAGAUCUGGAAUUAAAAACAAAUCCAAAAGCUGAAUCAUUAACAUUCUGGAGGAACUUGAUUGUGAAUGAGACAGAUUGUAAUACAGAAAAAGAAGUUUAA